CCCGCUCCUUUGGGGGCCCCCGCCCUUCGCGUUGCGUCGCGGAAGCGCCGACCGAGCUGGAAGGUCCCCGGGAGGCGGGACUUCCAAGAGGCUCGGCGCUGAUCCUGGUUAGGGCGGGUUGGUUGCCCAUCCACCAGGAGCAGUGCCUGGGCUCCUCCACACCUCUCUACCCACGAGGGGAUGCAGCACUUGGAAAGUAAGGUCGCCGCAGCUGAGGCUGUGAUGUAUAUAAAUCCUAGAGACGUGAAUCCGUCUCUGUCUUCACGCCUUCUCGGGCUCCUCUCGCCCGUCCUUCCGACCUGCCUAUCCUAUCUGGGCCGACAGGGGUGAGGGUACAGAGCCCUAACCUGCAGCCGGGGAACGCUGGCUAAUCCCGGCUAUAUGCUGAUUAGCAACACUACGUUAGUUGAGUGAAUGACCAGUUUAAUAUUCCCUGAGCAGUUUGAGGUGGUGGUGGAUCUGCUAGAAAUAUUCUUGAAGGUCUUUUCCACCUCUGACAUCUCAUUUUAGGAACCUGGCAUUAUCAGGGACAGUUGCCUGCUUUUUAACGGAGGUGAAUUGUACUUUAAUGUACUACAGGUUGUGUACUACGGAUGGGAACUAUCAAAGUUUAUAAUGUCAAAAACUUUCCUUAGACCAAAGGUAUCUUCCACAAAGGUAACAGACUGGGUAGACCCAUCGUUUGAUGAUUUUUUAGAAAAUAUCAACAUUUCUACUAUUCUUCCUGCCACAUCAUUGGAUGUGAAUAAUACAAGUCAUAGAAGGAAGAAUGUGCCCUCCAUGUUAGAAAGUAGCAGAUUUCCAGCUAGAAAGAGAGGAAAGCUAUCCUCCUCAGAACAGAUUUAUGGUCUAGAAAAUUCAGAAGAAUAUCUGUCUGAAAAGGAACCAUGGGUGGAUAAAUAUCAACCAGAAACUCAGCAAGAACUCGCUGUGCAUAAAAAGAAAAUUGAAGAAGUUGAAAUCUGGUUAAAAACUCACGUCUUAGAAAGGCAACCAAAACAGGGUGGAUCUAUUUUAUUAGUAACUGGUCCUCCUGGAUGUGGAAAGACAACAACUAUAAAAGUACUAUCAAAGGAACAUGGUAUCCAAGUACAAGAAUGGAUUAAUCCAGUUUCAUCAGACUUUCGAAAAGAUGAUUUCAAGGAGAUGUUUAAUCUUGAAUCAAGCUUCCAUAUAUUUCCCUAUCAGUCUCAGAUGGCAGUUUUUAAAGAGUUUCUUCUAAGAGCAACAAAGUAUAACAAAUUACAAAUGCUUGGAGAUGAUUUAAGAACCGAUAAGAAGAUAAUUCUAGUUGAAGAUUUACCUAACCAGUUUUAUCAAGACUCUCAUACAUUACAUGAAAUUCUAAGGAAGUAUGUGCAGAUCGGCCGGUGUCCCCUUAUAUUUAUAAUCUCUGACAGUAUCAGUGGAGAUAAUAAUCAAAGGUUACUGUUUCCUAAAGAAAUUCAGGAAGAGUGUUCUAUAUCAAAUAUUAGUUUCAACCCUGUGGCACCAACAAUUAUGAUGAAAUUUCUUAAUCGAAUAGUGACGAUAGAAGCUAAUAAGAAUGGAAGAAAAAUUAUUGUCCCUGCUAAAGCUUCUCUAGAGUUGCUCUGUCAAGGAUGUUCUGGUGAUAUCAGAAGUGCAAUAAACAGCCUCCAGUUUUCUUCUUUAAAAGGAGUGAACAAUUUAUGGCCGAGGAAAAAAGGAGAGUCUUCAUUAAAAUCAGAUGCUGCUCUGUCAAAAUCAAAACAAAGAAAAAAACCUAAUAGGAUUUCUGAAAAUCAAGAGAUCCAAGCUAUUGGCGGCAAAGAUGUUUCUCUCUUCCUCUUCAGAGCUUUGGGGAAAAUACUGUAUUGCAAAAGAGCAUCUUUAACAGAAUUAGACUCCCCUCGCUUGCCUCCUCAUUUAUCAGAGUAUGAACGUGAUACAUUACUUGUUCAACCCGAGGAAGUAGUAGAAAUGUCACACAUGCCUGGAGAUUUAUUUAAUUUAUAUCUUCACCAAAACUACAUAGAUUUCUUCAUGGAUAUAGAUGAUCUCGUUAGAGCCAGUGAAUUUCUGAGUUUUGCAGAUAUCUUCAAUGGUGACUGGAAUACACGCUCUUUACUCAAGGAGUAUAGUACAUCUAUAGCUACAAGAGGUGUGAUGCAUUCCAACAAAGCUCGAGGAUUUGCUCAUUGUCAAGGAGGAGGAUCGAGUUUUCGACCCUUGCAUAAACCUCAGUGGUUUCUAAUAAGCAAAAAGUAUCGAGAGAAUUGCCUGGCAGCAAAAGCACUUUUUUCUGACUUCUGCUUACCAGCUUUAUGCCUCCAAACUCAGCUGUUGCCAUACCUUGCUCUGCUAACUAUUCCAAUGAGAAAUCAAGCUCAGAUUUCUUUUAUCCAAGAUAUUGGAAGGCUUCCUCUGAAACGACACUUUGGAAGAUUGAAAAUGGAAGCCCUGAUUGACAGGGAGCAUGCAAUGAUAGACCCAGACAGUGGAGAUGAAGCCCAGCUUAAUGGAGGGCAGCCUGCAGAUGCUGCAGAAGCACUCACACAAGCCGUUCAGCCCGAAGCCUUGACUCUUCCUUUGAGUCAGAAUAGUGGGAGUGAACUGCCCGCCAGCCAGCCUCAGCCCUUUUCAGCCCAAGGAGACAUGGAAGAAGAAGACAUAAUAAUAGAAGACUAUGAGAGUGAUGAGACAUAGAAACCAGCCUGCCAGUCAGAUUGCUGCUUGAUAGAUUUAUUUUAGUUUUUGCUCACUGGUACUUGAACAAAGUUAAACACUUUUCAGGUGAAUUACAGAUUAUCAGUUCUUCACUCUUGUAAUAUUUAAUCACAAGGAACUGACUCUUCUAUCAUCUUGAAGUAAAUGGAAGAUCAAGCCUUUAAUUUUCUCUAGUAUUUAUUUAGUUUUGUAAGUGGCAUAAGAGAGGAGGUCGGUGUGUAUGAAGUAUGUUUGAACGUUAUGCCAAAUAUAAGAAAAUGUGAAGGAAUAAUUCAGAAUAUGAAAACUUUAUGUGGAGGUUGUAAAUAGGAAUUAUAAAACAGUUCAGGCUGCAAUUAUGAGUGUAAAUAAACUUUGUGCCUUAUUUACAGUUUCUCGAUGGUCUCUAGCUUCUAAGAUACCUUUUAUGUGUUGUAAAGUGGAAUAUUUUAGAUACUUUUUGGAAAGUAUUUACAUAAUUUAUAUCAGUAUUAAAAUGUUGAAUUUCA